AUGAAGCUUUUUUUCAAUUUGACACCGCUAUCAUAUCAUGCCAUUAAUUCUUGUUUUAUUUUUCUUUUAGUUAUUUUUCUUUCAUGUAACACAUCGAAUUGUCUGAUUAAACUACCUGAAAAUAUAACAAUUCCGGCAUUAUUUGCUUUUGGUGACUCGGUAUUUGAUACAGGAAAUAACAACGGUAUAAGAACCAUUGUGAAAGCAAACUUUCCUCCUUACGGCAGAGAUUUUCCGGGAGGAAAACCAACAGGAAGAUUUAGUAACGGGAAGAUCGCUACAGAUAUUAUUGCGGAGGAAUUGGGAAUCAAGGAACUGUUACCACCAUAUCUCGGUUCAAAUCUUCAAAGCCAAGACCUCAAGACCGGUGUGAACUUUGCAUCUGGCGGUUCAGGAUUUGAUCCUUUAACAUCGAUUAUUGUGGAAGUGAUUUCUGCUGAUAAACAAUUGGAGAUGUUCAAGACUUACACAGAGAAUCUGAGAAAACUUUUGGGAGAAGAAAAAACAAGAACCAUUUUAAGUGAAAGUGUGUAUAUAGUUUCAGCAAUUAGCAACGACAUUGCAAAUACCUAUUUUCAUACUCCUACAAGGAUACUGGAGUAUAACGUCUCUUCCUACUCUCAACUUUUGGUUACUUCUGCUUCAACCUUUUUGGAGGAAUUGUACAAACUAGGAGCAAGGAGACUGUUGUAUUUCGGGGCACCACCGAUAGGUUGUCUUCCGAUGCAAAGGACUCUUGGUGGAGGGAUAGAGAGGAAGUGCGUGGAGAAUUACAAUACAAUGGCAAAGCUGUUCAAUUCCGAAGUGAUAGCCGCGUUAGAAAGGAUCAAUGGUAAAAACAAGGAGUCUAGGAUGGUGUACGUAGAUAUCUAUACUCCAUUGCUUGAUAUGAUCCAAAAUCCACAAGAAUAUGGAUUUGAAGUUUGGGAUAAAGGGUGUUGCGGUACAGGGUUGGUAGAGGUAUCGUUUCUAUGCACAGAACCAAAUAUAUUCACCUGUGAAAAUGCUUCGACAUAUCUGUUUUGGGACAGUUACCAUCCGACGGAAAGAGCAUACAGGAUCAUCGUUGAUUAUCUCCUCCAGAAUGCUGUCAACAAGAUUUUCACCAACUAAAUCACUUUAUGAUUAUCACUAAUCAAACUUAUUUAGUUCGUAUUACUCAUAGUUAAAUUUAAUCUUGAGAUAAUCAGCCUCCAUACAUGCUCAAACAUGAACCUAAGUGAUGUUCUCAAUAAGCCUGUACGUCUGUCAGUAUAUAUAUAUAUGUACAUAUAUGUAUAUGAACAAAAAUCAUUGUGAAGAUAGCAAUUCAUUACUUAUUGAUA